CAUCGUUGUCGUCGUCUGCCUCGUCCUCCUCUCCGUGUUGUUGUUCUCGGUGACGCGGCGGAGGUGUAGCCUGACGCGGUCUCUUACGUGUCGGUCUGAAUAAAAGUGGAGCUCCGUAGACCCGGGAGUGACGAAGCGAGUCUGUGUUGGGCCAACAAAGAGAUCAUGGCGGCGCCUGUUGCAGCAGCAGAGCCUCACAAAAUGAGUCAGUCUCUGCAAGGCUGAGACAUAGGUUUUUUUUAAUUCAGAGCCUUUAAAUGAAGAUGGAAGCCGGUACAGAGGUGCAGCAGAGCGGCGAGGCGGCGGUCUCCGAGUCCGAAGCGCAGCAGAUCACCCUCACCCAGGCGCCCAUCACAGCGGGCCAGGGUCAGGGGGUCACCAUCGUGCAGCUACCUAACGGUCAGACGGUGCAGGUCCACGGCGUGAUCCAGGCCGCUCAGCCGUCUGUCAUUCAGUCACCGCAGGUUCAGGCUGUCCAGAUUUCCACCGUGGAGAGCGAGGAUUCGCAGGAGUCUGUAGACAGCGUCACAGAUUCGCAGAAGAGGAGAGAAAUCCUCUCCAGGCGGCCAUCUUACAGGAAGAUCCUGAACGACCUCUCCUCAGACGCUCCCGCUGUGCCCCGGAUCGAGGAGGAGAAGUCAGAGGACGACUCGGGUCCAGCCAUCACCACUGUAACCAUGCCCACUCCCAUCUAUCAGACCAGCAGCGGCCAGUACAUCGCCAUCACUCAGGGCGGGGCCAUCCAGCUGGCCAGUAACGGCACAGAUGGCGUGCAGGGACUGCAGGCGCUCACCAUGGCCAACGCCGCCGCCACGCAGCCCGGGACGACCAUCCUGCAGUACGCUCAGACCAGCGACGGCCAGCAGAUCCUGGUUCCCAGUAACCAGGUGGUGGUUCAAGCUGCUUCAGGCGAUGUCCAGGCCUACCAGAUCCGGACUGCUCCGACCAGCACCAUCAGUCCAGGGGUAGUCAUGGCAACCUCUCCCGCAUUGGGAUCAUCAGGAGGUACAGAGGAAGUAACACGGAAAAGGGAGGUUCGACUGAUGAAGAACAGGGAGGCAGCCCGGGAAUGUCGCAGGAAGAAGAAGGAAUACGUUAAGUGUCUGGAGAACCGGGUGGCCGUGCUGGAGAAUCAGAACAAAACCCUCAUCGAGGAACUCAAAGCCCUCAAAGAUUUGUACUGCCACAAAUCGGAGUAGAGGGGGGAGGAGGGGGGGUCCCCAUGUACAGAGACUCAGCUCAGAGCCACGCAUCCAGAGGCCACGCCUCCUUUUCUACUUCCCCCGCUUUCUAAAAAAAACAAACAAACCCAACAAACUGCUGAUUAAUCUGAGCAGGAAUCACUGGGACAGAAUUAGCCCCGCCCCCCCAUUGGUUCCCCUAGAAACAGAGGACAUUUCCAGGAAAGCAUUCCAGUCACUGGUGUCCCAGUUUAAACUGGGACAGAAUCACCAGCAGAGGAUGGAUGAGGGGGGGGGUGUAUUUGACCUGUUACCCUGAACUGGAGGUGGGAUGCCAUGUUUUUUUUUUUAUUUCUGCAUUAAUCUGCCUUUUUAUUUACUUUUUAGGACAAACAGCUAAACAUGAACUCAGCUUUAAACUCAGUAUUAAAACCUUUGUUGUUUUUGUUCUUACAGGAAAAUUAAUCUAUUCAGUUUUUAAAAAGACUCAUAAACAGAAUAAAUCAGGGUGAGAAAGUAAAGAUGUUUGCUAACUUAGGAGGCAGAAAGCGGUUAUUCUAGAUGAGUUUUUCUUCUUUUAAAAGGAAAGUGAAUCUAAAAAUAUGUGCUCACUUUUAUUUUUGCUGUAUUUAGUUGUUUUAUUAAACAAAAGUAAGCAUGUCGGGUUAAAAAUGGCUUUUAUAAAUAUGAACUUAACGGUUGGCAGGAGU